GAAUUAUUACACAUGUGACUGAUGUGAAAUAAUUUCUGUUUUGUUAGGUUAUGUUAUGCAAAUUGUAUAUUUGUGUAUUAACGAUUAAAAGAAAUCUUAACAUUGGUGUCAUUAAUUAAUUUAUUUAUUUUGAUUUAAGUAUUUUUUAAAUAAAUAUUUCAAAUGAAGGAUACAGAGGUUAUUGGUUUUGGAGGAACAGAAGAACUUAAUGAAAAUGAAGAAGAUGAAGACAUUUCGGACAUCAAGAAAAAAGCUUCUAAGAAGUCAGGUGGAUUUCAAUCUAUGGCUCUUAGCUAUCCUAUUUUGAAAGGUAUAUUAAAACGUGGUUAUAAAAUUCCAACACCAAUACAGAGGAAGACAAUCCCUUUAGCUCUUGAAGGAAGAGAUAUUGUAGCAAUGGCCAGGACGGGUAGUGGAAAGACAGCUUGUUUUUUAAUCCCAUUGUUUGAAAAACUCAAGACAAGACAAGCUAAAACUGGUGCACGUGCCUUAAUUCUUUCACCUACACGUGAAUUAGCAAUGCAAACAUUGAAAUUUAUAAAAGAGUUAGGAAAAUUUAUAGGAUUAAAAGCUGCAGUGAUAUUGGGAGGAGAUAGUAUGGAUAAUCAAUUCAGUAUUAUUCAUGGAAAUCCUGAUAUUAUUGUUGCUACACCAGGCAGAUUUCUUCAUAUAUGUGUUGAAAUGGAUUUACGUUUAAACAGUGUAGAGUAUGUUGUAUUCGAUGAGGCUGACAGAUUGUUUGAAAUGGGUUUUGGUGAACAAAUUCAUGAGAUAGUUAAUAGAUUACCAGAGACAAGACAAACUCUACUGUUCUCUGCUACAUUACCUAAGAUUUUAGUAGAGUUUACUAAAGCAGGUUUAAGCGAUCCUAUCUUAAUACGAUUAGAUGUUGAAAGUAAAUUACCGGAAGAAUUAAGUUUAUCAUUUAUUAUUUGUCGUCCUGAAGAGAAAUUGGCUGUGCUUCUAGCUCUAUUAAAGAAUGUCAUUGCAAAUGAUUCACAAACUGUAAUAUUUGCUGCAACUAUGCAUCAUGUAGAAUACCUCCAUCAGAUACUAGACAAAGCAGGAAUUUCAAAUACAUUUAUUUAUUCAAAUUUGGAUCCAUCUGCACGUAAAAUAAAUGCUGCUAAAUUUCAAAUGGGCAAAGUAAAGACUUUAAUUGUUACUGAUGUUGCUGCUCGUGGUAUAGAUAUACCUCAUUUAGAUAAUGUUAUUAAUUUUAAUUUCCCAGCUAAAUGUAAAUUGUUCGUGCACAGAGUAGGUCGUUGUGCACGUGCUGGUCGAACUGGAACUGCUUAUAAUAUUGUAACUCCUGAUGAGUAUCCAUAUCUCCUAGAUUUACAUCUAUUUCUUGGUCGUUCAUUAAAUAUAGUUCCUUUGUCUAGUACAAGUAAUGAUAUGGAGUAUAUAAUAGGAAAAAUGCCUCAAGCUAUGAUAGAAGAAGAACUUGCAGAAUUAAUAAAUUGGCAUGAUUCAUCUACUGAUCUGAAAAACAUGGAAAAAGUUUGUGACAAUGCUUAUGAACGUUAUAUCAAAUCUCGGCCAGCAGCAUCAUCGGAAAGCGUUAAACGAAUGAAAGAAUUGAAUAUUAAUUCAGCUGGUAUAAUACCUGAAUAUUCUAAUAUUAAUCCUGCCACAAUGGAUAUAUUAACUAAAAUGAAACAGUACAGACCUCAAGGAACAAUAUUCGAAAUCGGCAAAAAAACAUGUUCAUUGGAUUAUAAAGUGAUGAAAGAAAAACGAGCAUUUCAUAAAGAUAAUAUUUUCAACUUUCAUAAAAAAAUGGAGACAUUAGAAGCAAAGAAGGAGGAGGCUGCAAAAAAUAUGUCUCAAAAAACUACAUUACCAAAAAGUAAUGAGAAUGAAAUUAAUGAAGCAUUUAAUAAAGUGAUAAUGCCAAAGAAACGAAAUAUAGAAGAUUUGUAUAAGAAUACUAAGAAAAAGAAACGUUUGGCUACUAAGGAUGAAGAAUUUUAUAUUCCGUAUUCUGCACCAGAUAAACAUACAGAAGAUGGAUUGGCGGUAAAUAAUUUCAUGACAGAGGCAGAAAAAGCACAAUUGGAUUUAACAGCAGACAAUGAAGAAUCUUUACGGCUACAAACGCAACUUAAGAAAUGGGAUCGUAAAAAGAAAAAAAUGAUUACUAUUAAUAACGAUCCAAAAGCUGGUAAAAUACGUACCGAAUCUGGAGCAUGGAUUCCUGCUACAUACAAAACAAAUCGUUACACGCAAUGGAAGGAGAAGAGUAAAGUCGAUGCUAUGGCCGACGAAGAUAGCGAAGAAGAAUCACCACAAUUGCAAAAAUUGCAAACAAACGUCAAUACACAUUGGGCGCGUCAUAAUCAAAAGAUCAAGGAGAAGGUGAAGGCCAAGUCAGAGUUGAAGAGACCGGAACAAAUUUUGAAAGCUCGUAAAUUGUUGGAAAGGAAGAAACGACGAAAUGGUAGAAAGGGCCGGAAAGGUCAGAAAAAAGGGGGAAAGUCUCGUUAAAAG